GACGUCAAAUUUUCUAUAAUUGCUCCAAUCUGGAGGGUAGAAAGAAAUGUUUCAAUAGUUUUGAGGGGGUUAAAUGGAAAAGUACAUAUCCCCGAUACAGCUGUACAAGGCCGCAAUGAAUUUGAAAAUGGAACCCCGGGACUACCAGGAUUACCCGGUGAAUCGGGCGGUGCAUUUUUUGGGGUAGGACUUUUUAUGAAUACUAAACAACUAAAUAUUGUGUCAGUCGGAGGUAAUGGCAGUCCAGGUCAAAAUGGUGGUAACGGUUUUUAUGGAUCAAACCCAGACACUCGUGAACCGGUUUAUUGCUUUAUGGAACGGGGAAACGACAAAUGUGGUAAAAAAAGUACGGAUACGGGAAAAAAUGGAACAAAUGGUGGAGAUGGAGGGAUUGGAGGAAAACCUGGUAAUUUUGGAGAAAUAGAUGUGGUUGGAUUAAUAGAAACACCAGUAAUCAACAUCCGUCGAGAACAAGGUGUUGUUGGAGCGAGCGGUAAGGGCGGUCAAGGUGGAAACGCUACAGAAAAUGUAUCAAUUACGUACCAAGCCACUCAUUUUCCCGUCUAUAAUGUGGGAUCCAGUACGUCGUGUUGUCGUUAUGUUGUGAAAAACUCAGUAGCUACAAUUCAAUUCUCUAAUGGAAUUGAUGGUUACAACAAAAGAAACAUGAAGGAAACAAAAACAUUGAAUUUUUCCAAUAAAUGCGAAAUAAUUAAUCGCUUUAUAUCUUUUGCGAGAGAAUCAAUAUUAAUAUCUCCCUUAAUGAGGGAACAUUUAAUAAAUCUUUCAAAUAGUUUCAUGGAAAGUGACAAAAUUAAAAGGUUUAAAAAUUGUCGCAGGAAUAGCAACAAUUUUCACACCGUUCGCUGCGGCAGCAUCAAUCGCUUUACCAAUGGCAGAAUCCCUUUUAGUGCCAAAUACAAAUAA